AAAAGAAGAAGAAGACCAUAUUUCCGGUUCCGAUGUUGUAGUACCCUUUACUGGUUGAAGACAUGUUGUCCCGGUUCUGGCGGGUCGGGCUCGCAUUGCCCCGGUCCCUCUCUGUGCCACCGACCCGCUUUGUCUCCCAGUCCAAAGCGUCCAGCGGCACCGCUUCGACGGCUGUGACGGACGUGCACCACCCCGAGCCGCCGGCUGGACACGGUGGGGUCAGCCCAUACGUCAAGAAUCCAGAUUACCACGGCUUCUCCUGCGAUCCUGUGGAGGAUGAAUGGAACAUGAAAGUUGGCUUCUUCUUUGGCAUCUCUGUGGCUCUUGUCAUCGGAGGAACAUUUAUCUAUUAUUUACCAGACCAAGGUAUGCGGCAGUGGGCCAGAAGGGAAGCAGAGCAGCUCAUCCAGCUUAGAGAGGAACAAGAUCUGCCACUCAUCAAGGAAAACUACUACGACACAAGCAAAAUUAUCUUGCCCCCAUCUGAGAAAGAGUAAUACCUCUUGCACUGUCCAACUGUAUUUAAUGGCUGUGAUUCACUGAUAAAAUAAACAAUAUUCAUCCUUGA